UCUCUUUAUCCUUCAGUGCCUUCACACAGUAUUUUUCAUCUAACCAAAAAGAAUUCUCAAAAGAUUUCAAUUCCACUCCAAUUCUGCAAUGGAAUCAGAUUCUGCCAACAAAAUCUCAAAGACAUCAGUUAGCCUUAAUUUGAAUGAUCAAACGAACUCAAGAAGAAGAAAGAAGAUCAAGUUGUUCAUUACUUUAAUCAUCUUUUCCAGUCUCAUCAUCGCUGCCAUUAUCUCUGUUUUAACGAUGAUUAAGCGAGAUUACGAAUCUGAAUUACCUGCCAAUAACCCAGAAAAGGCAAUCAAAUCCAUUUGCUCGCCGACUCAGUACUACCUGACAUGCUCUAUGUACAUGUCCAAUUCCCUCUUCAAAAACAACAAAUUAGGAUCAUCAAAAAUCAACUCAGACCAAAUAUUCUCUAUCUCCCUUCACAACGCAAUCGACGAGCUCCAAAAAAUCACUUACUCACUCAAAUCGUCCUAUUCCCCUACUGAUCAGUCAACCCCAAGUCACUGCGACUAUCUGUAUUUCAACAGUUCACUGAGUCAAUUGAACAGUUAUUUAGCGAUCGAUGAGGAAAAAAACUUGACAGCAACGAUGACUAUGAGAUCUGAAAUAAUUGACUGGCUCCAAACCGAAAGGCCCAAAAUUGUGAGAUGCCUCUAUUCGUUGGAGUACUACAAGGGACUGAACACGGAAAACGCGAAUAAUUGCUUAAUGAUUCUGGAGAAUAUGAACAGCAUCUCUGAGAAGCUUAAUCCCUCUAUUAACAGUUUUUUCACUAUCAGCGCAUUUCAAAGCUCGGGGAAAGGUAUCCUUGCUUUACUUUUCUCGGAUCAGGGCUUCGUGUAUACACUCUGUAUUUUUGGCGUGCAGUAUAUAUUUUUGCUGCUUUUGGUUUGUAUACUUUUACGUAUUUAAUUUGGUGAUAAAUAAGCUUUGAUUAUUCAA